UGUAACAGCGAUGGCGCCGAAAGCAGGUCGUCGAGGGAGGAAGCGCAAAGCGGAGGCAGAGGAGCAACAAACACCAGCAGGGAAGAAGAAGGAGCGAGGAGAGGAGGAAGGCAAAAGAGUGGUCAUUGAACACUGUAAAAGCUGACGAGUGUAUAGGCAUAAUGCUGAGGAGGUGAAAUCUGCCUUCCUGGCUGCCUGUCCUGCACUGCCUGUGAUUCUCAACCCUGAGAAACCCCGCAAGAAGAGCUUCGAGAUCACUCUUAUGGAUGGAGACAAAGAAACAUGCCUGUGGACUGGAAUAAAGAAGGGUCCACCUGCUAGGCUGAAGUUUCCUCAGCCUGAUGUAGUAGUUGCUGCUCUACAGGAAGCUCUGAAAGCUGAGCGGAUGCCAAAGUUUGUCAAAGCUGUUGCACAGAAAACAUCAGCUACAGAUUAAGUAAGAGAUCCCAGCGUUCAGGAGAUGUGACCAGUGGAAGCAAAAUGAUGAGGAGGGACCAAGGAGAUGUUCUCAGUCCCUCCUCUGAUGAGUCAAGUGCCAACUGUUGUCAUCUUCUGGACACAUGAGGUCAUCUGGUGGAGCAUAAUGAUGCUAAUGAUGUUUUUAUAUGUGUUUUGGUAAAUUAGAGAUUUUCUUUGUUACUUUUUAGAUUUUUUACUUACUCUAGCAAAACACUUAAUUGUUUUGUGCAAGUUAAUUUUGCUGUGUUCAACUGGAUGACUUGAUACAACAAUAAAUCAUGUUUUUUUUUCUGUC